AUGCAGGCCAACGGGGCAGGAGGGGGCCAGCAGCAGCAGCAGCAGCCGCCGCAGGGGCCGGCGGGCCCGGAGCUGGGCUGCCUGGGCGCCCAGAACGGCGAGGCCUCGGCGGGCACGGCCGCCGGCGACCAGCUGGCCCACGCCAACGGGCUGCUGCCCUCGGCCAACAGCGGCGGCGGCAGCCCCGGCGGCCUCAGCGUCAACAACGGGGUGCCCGCCGCCGGGGGCCCCGGCCCGGCCGCCGCGGAGCUGGGGGGCGGCGGCGGCGGCGGCAGCGCCCUGAAGAAGAAGAAGCGGCUCUCGCAGUCCGACGAGGACGUGAUCCGGCUGAUCGGGCAGCACCUCCACGGCCUGGGCCUCAACCAGACUGUUGAUCUUCUCAUGCAAGAGUCAGGAUGUCGUUUAGAACAUCCUUCUGCUACCAAAUUCCGCAAUCAUGUCAUGGAAGGAGAAUGGGAUAAGGCUGAGAACGACCUGAAUGAACUUAAGGCCUUAGUGCAUUCUCCGCAUGCAAUUGUGAGGAUGAAGUUUUUGCUGCUGCAGCAGAAGUACCUGGAAUACCUGGAGGAUGGCAAGGUCCUGGAGGCACUUCAAGUUCUACGCUGUGAACUGACGCCUCUGAAAUACAAUACAGAACGCAUUCAUGUCCUCAGUGGGUAUCUGAUGUGUAGCCAUGCAGAAGAUCUGCGUGCAAAAGCAGAGUGGGAAGGGAAAGGAACAGCUUCCAGAUCUAAACUUUUGGACAAACUCCAGACGUACCUACCCCCAUCAGUGAUGCUUCCUCCAAGGCGUUUACAGAACCUGCUACGUCAGGCUGUGGAACUACAACGGGACCGGUGCCUAUAUCAUAAUACCAAACUAGAUAGUAACCUAGAUUCUGUCUCGCUGCUAAUAGAUCAUGUUUGUAGUAGGGGUCUGAGAUCAGUAUGUGGUGCGCUGUACGUGCUGCCAUGCUUGGGCAUAAUGAGGAAACAGUUCCCAUGCUAUACACAGCAGAUACUAACGGAGCACUGUAAUGAGGUGUGGUUCUGUAAAUUCUCCAAUGAUGGCACUAAACUAGCAACAGGAUCUAAGGACACAACUGUUAUUAUAUGGCAGGUUGAUCCAGAUACUCACCAGCUAAAACUACUUAAGACGUUAGAAGGUCAUGCGUAUGGUGUCUCUUAUAUUGCUUGGAGCCCUGAUGACAACUAUCUUGUUGCCUGUGGCCCAGAUGAUUGUUCUGAGCUUUGGCUCUGGAAUGUACAAACUGGGGAGCUGAGGACAAAGAUGAGCCAAUCUCAUGAAGACAGUUUAACAAGUGUGGCCUGGAAUCCUGAUGGGAAGCGUUUUGUAACAGGAGGUCAGCGUGGACAGUUCUAUCAGUGUGAUUUAGAUGGUAAUCUCCUUGACUCCUGGGAAGGGGUGAGAGUACAAUGCCUUUGGUGCUUGAGUGAUGGGAAAACUGUUCUAGCAUCGGACACACACCAGCGAAUUCGGGGUUAUAACUUUGAGGAUCUUACAGACAGGAACAUAGUACAAGAAGAUCACCCUAUUAUGUCGUUUACUAUUUCAAAAAAUGGCCGUUUAGCUUUGUUAAAUGUAGCAACUCAGGGAGUUCACUUAUGGGACUUACAAGACAGAGUUUUAGUGAGAAAGUAUCAAGGUGUUACACAAGGAUUUUACACAAUUCACUCGUGUUUUGGAGGUCAUAAUGAAGACUUCAUUGCGAGUGGCAGCGAAGAUCACAAAGUAUAUAUUUGGCACAAGCGUAGUGAGCUGCCAAUUGCUGAGCUGACGGGGCACACACGUACUGUUAAUUGUGUGAGCUGGAACCCGCAGAUUCCAUCCAUGAUGGCCAGCGCCUCUGAUGAUGGCACUGUUAGAAUAUGGGGACCAGCGCCUUUCGUAGACAACCAGGAUAUUGAAGAGGAAUGCAGUAGCAUGGAUAGUUGAUGGCGAAUUUGGAGCAGACGACUUCAGUUUAACUUAAUUAGUCGUAUUUUAAAUGGCUUGGGAUUUGGUGCAAACAAACAUGAUUGAUAGCUGGACAGACAUGCUCGUCAUGAAAAAGAACCAUUUCUGAAGCCCGGUUGGGGCCAAACAUUUACCACCUUGCUUCAUAGUAACCAGUCGAGAUGAAGCACGUCGUUAGAACGUUGUUGGACACCGUGUUGAAAUUACCCCCCCCAUCGGUUGUGAAGAACUGUGCUACAUUCAGGCUAACCAUUGAACUCAGUAUAUAUAUUUUUCCCUCCUGCCUUUUUGUCUGGCAGGCUACUGUUCUUGUUGCUCUUCUGUGUAAUGAAGUUUAAAUGCUUGUUUGGAACACUUUAUUUAACAGUUUAGAAGGCUUGAUAGAAAGAGUGCUUUAGUCUGAAGAGUAUACAUUGGAUAGGAAAGUAUUUCCUUCUCUUGUUUCUCAAGUCUCUCUCCGCCUUACUUAGCUUGAGAUCUUUGCAGCUUGGUUCAUGGAUUCUAGCCUUGCCCGUUGCGCAGUAUAUAUAAAUUGAGAUGAUAAACCAAUGAACUAUGUCAAAAGCACUCUCAGUAUCACAUUUGACAAAAAGUUUUGUACUUUUCACAUAGCUCGUUGCCCUGCAAAGGGGUUAACAGCACAAUUUUUUAAAAAUAAAUUAUUUAUAGGAUUAAAAUGACUUCAUUUGUAUACAUUUGGAAUUAAAACAAUGCAAGAAGCGUUGUGAAACACGGUAUCACCGAUGCUUUUCCAGAGUGUCUUGAGACCCGAUCAAAAGCAGUGGCUGGAAGGAGCUUUAAGUAGGCAGUAAAGCUUGUUUUAGGAGGAGGAACUCGCUGUCCAUCUUAACAGAUAAACUGUAUUAUUUAGGAAAAGAAGUGUUCAGAGUGCACCACCAGACUAAGAGGUCUUUUUGGUUUUUUAAUUACAUAAAUAUAUGCAACAGUGCUGGUAAAAGGUAGACUACACCUCGAGGGAAGAAUGUGUUGGAAGAGUCCUUCCUUCACAAAGUCACGUUUUGUAAAAGUAAUUAACAUACAAAUCAUAAUUAAAGACUUGUAUUACAAUGGAAUUUUUUCUUUAUUUGAUAAACAAAGGUGUAUAGAUUUUCUUUUGGAGAAUGCACUUUUAAGUUUGCAGAUUUAAAUGCCUCUCCCAGACCUUGUUGCAAGCUGGUGCU